UUAGAGUGACAUCAGGAGCACCGCACCCCUCCUGGAUUAUAAAUGCAGCACCGAUAUCUGCACAAAGCCCUUUCCAAACUCACAGACACUCAAGAGUGGGCCGGUCACUGCUGCAAUAAUCAUGGCAUCAGGAGCAAAGAAGGGCAUAUUGGAGCGUCUGGAUGCAGGAGAGAUCGUCAUCGGGGACGGAGGCUUUGUCUUCGCCCUGGAGAAGAGGGGUUAUGUCAAAGCAGGACCGUGGACCCCCGAGGCUGCAGCCGAGCACCCUGAAGCAGUGCGCCAGCUGCACCGGGAGUUCCUGAGAGCAGGCUCCAAUGUCAUGCAGACAUUCACUUUCUACGCAAGCGAUGAUAAACUGGAGAACAGAGGCCACACUCAGCGCUUCACUGGGCAGCAAAUCAACGAAGCAGCGUGUGACCUGGCCAGGGAGGUGGCCAAUGAGGGUGAUGCCCUGGUGGCCGGAGGAGUCUCUCAGACCCCCUCUUACCUCAGCUGCAAGAGUGAGAAUGACGUCAAGGCCAUCUUCAAGAAACAGAUUGAUGUCUUUGUCAAGAAAAAUGUGGACUUCUUGAUUGCUGAGUACUUUGAGCACGUGGAAGAGGCUGAGUGGGCCGUCCAGGUUUUGAAGGCCACUGGGAAGCCUGUGGCUGCAACUCUGUGUAUUGGACCUGAAGGCGACCUGAACAAAGUCAGCCCCGGAGACUGUGCUGUCAGACUCGUCAAAGCUGGAGCUCAGAUUGUGGGCGUCAACUGCCACUUUGACCCGGAGACAUGUGUGAAGACUGUGAAGAUGAUGAAGGCGGGAGUGGAGAAAGCCGGGCUGAAGGCUCACUACAUGACCCAGCCGCUGGCUUACCACACUCCUGACUGCAGCUGCCAGGGUUUCAUUGAUCUGCCCGAGUUCCCUUUCGGUCUGGAGCCGAGGAUCCUGACCAGAUGGGACAUGCAGAAAUACGCCCGGGAAGCGUACAACGCUGGUAUUCAUUACAUCGGAGGCUGCUGUGGAUUUGAACCCUAUCACACCCGUGCCCUGGCCGAGGAGCUGGCACCCGAGAGGGGUUUCCUGCCCGCCGGAUCUGAGAAGCAUGGCAACUGGGGCAGUGGUCUGGAGAUGCACACGAAGCCUUGGGUCAGAGCUAGGGCCCGUCGUGACUACUGGGAGAAGCUGAAGCCUGCGUCUGGCCGUCCCUUCUGCCCCGCGAUGGCCACGCCCGAUGGUUGGGGUGUCACCAAAGGCCAUGCUGACCUGAUGCAGCAGAAAGAGGCCACCUCCCAGGAGCAGCUGAAGGCUCUCUUCGACAAGGCCAACAAAAGCCACUGAGCUCCUUGAGGUGUCUGUUUCCAAAGGAGAAGCCAAGAUCAGUCCCUUAAGUUUACAUACCAAAAAGAUCAAAAUGCUGAAAUUCUUUCUGUCUCUUUAGGACCAUUUUACUGUAUGUGGAAGACUCGUAUCAUAUGCUGAUGCUUUAAAUUAGCUUAAAGUGCCCAUAUUAUGAAAAAAAAAUUUGGGGUGUU